CAGCCGCCGUAUGCUUAGGAUGACAGAGCUGUCAUGGCGGACUCCCUGGACGGAGGAGUACACGACGUGAAGAGAACUGUUUCCCUAAGCGACAGUGAGAAAGAGAUGAACGCCUUUUCCAGUCCCGGUUCAGAACCGGUGUCUGACCUAAUAACCACAUCACAAUAUUGUGAGAAACUGCAGGAAUGGAUGUGGCAGUAUUACUGCGGAUAUAUCAGCUGGCAAAGCUGGGCCAGUGUGUUUCCUUUUCCGCCCUGUCUACCAGCACAGGCAGCGAGCGGGAGCCUGAGAGUUUCAACUUGGGGGGCGGAUUUGACUAACCCAGACCUACGCACCUGGAUUACUCAUUCGUUUGGUGUCCCCUUGUCUUCUUUUCCGUCAAUUCAUGUCCCUUCUGCCAGUCCAGCUGCCAAUAACACGAGUGGUAGACAGGUAGAGUUAAAUGGCCAGAGUCAGAAUGUUCCUGUCCCCCAACACCUGCAACAAAAUGGAAACGCCCAACAACCAGGUCGAGAAUAUCUGAUUCCUUCUCCACUCCACCGCUUCUUGGCUGAGAUGGUGGACUUCUUCAUCCUCUUCUUCAUCAAAGCAACCAUCAUCCUAAGCAUAAUACACCUCAGUGGAAUGAAGGACAUCUCAAAAUUCGCCAUGCACUUCAUUGUGGAGGAAAUAGAUGAAGACACGUCAAUGGAGGAGCUGCAGAAAAUGAUGCUCGUGGCUCUUGUGUACCGGAUAUUGGUGUGCUUCUAUGAGAUUAUAUGUAUUUGGGGAGCUGGUGGAGCCACGCCAGGGAAAUUUCUGCUUGGUCUGCAAGUGGUCACAUGCGACACUUCUAUGCUGGUGCAGCCCAACCGGGUACGAGUGGUGCCAGCAACUAACGUCAGUCUGUCAGCGUCAACCAUCCGAGCUCUAAACAAAAAUUUCUCCAUUGCAUUUUUUUUCCCGGCGUUUAUCACGCUGCUCUUUUUCCAGCACAACAGAACUGUGUAUGAUAUCGUGGCAGGGACUAUAGUGGUCAAGAGAAACCGACUCAGGUGAUCGCUGAUCAGGAUCUUAACAUGCUGAGGAAACAACUCCACACGUAGAACCGAUCCAAAGAGCUGCUGGCUCACAGGAAAAAGCAAAAUGAGGGAAUCGUCUGAGGAAAUCGUCGAACAGAGAACUGUGACAUCAAGCAUUUUUUCACUCCAGGUGCACAGAGGGAGCGUUUCAAUGAAUUGCUAUAGCAAGUGAUUUCUUUUUUAUUUUUAUUUAUUGUAUUUACAAGAAUUUGAUCAUAUGCAGUGCAAUACGCAGCAUGCAAUAUCCAAUAAGUGUACGUUUUCUAUGCUGAUUACUGCAUUUAGCAUGCUCUGUGUCAGAUCAAUUAAACAAGCAAGUCAGUCGAAAUGAUCUAAACGUUUAUGACCCUGAAAGACAGAAAAUCACGGUCGUUUUUUUCUUUAUACCUUUUGUGUCGCUGCCUUCAUUAAGAAUCGAAUGUACACUGGACUGAUGGCUAAAUACUGUACAUGUAAUUCUUUUUUAAACAUCAUUCUCCAGCAGAACCAUUCAGAUCUUAAUCACAGUAAUUUCAUUAAAAACUUACACAUUAUAUUAAACCCUUUUCAUUUAUUUUACUCAAAAUGUUGGAAUGAUUUGUGCCUUUAUUGUGCCUUUAAUAGAAAUGCGCUAAUAAAUUUUUCCAGGAUGUAAAUAAUGAUUGCAUGUAUUAUUAUAGUCAUCUUUUGAGUUUUUCAGUGAUGCCUAGAUUUGUGCAUAUCAUCCAAAUGUUUCGCAAGUUGGAGUGAAAUGUCACUACGCUGCUGUUUACGUUAAUUCUCUCAAGCAUUUUUAACGAAAUGACAGCUGAAUGAAAAUCUGGUGAAAAACAAACCAGAAGACACACUUUCUCUUUAUUACAAUUCAGUUUGACCAACAUAAAGUCAUUUACACUUCUGCAAA